AUGGCCUUCGUGCAGAUGGCCAUCGUGCGCCUUGGCCUCCUGGUCGUGCAGGCCGGCGUGGUGGAGGGCCUACUCGUCGACGCGGUUCGCGCGCCCUUCUCAUCGAGCGACGUCGAUGUUCUGAAUAUCAGACAACACAUUCCAGACUGUCAGUUCAGAGGGGCGUUCACCAGUGGCAAUUACGCGUACCUCACGCCUUCCUUCUCAGGCAACGCUGGGUGGGGCGGCGUGCUCGUGCGGUUGGACCUCUCGGAGUUCUCGACGGUGGAAUCGCUGGACCUGAGGACAAUCGACAACGAUCUGCAGUAUUUUGAAGGAGGAUUUGCUCAUGGCGACUACGGGUACCUAGUUCCAACAUCAACCACAGGGUGGACAAUAUCAUACGACGUCAGAAUGGGCAAAGUCGUCAGGUUCAGCUUGUCAGAUUUCAGCCUCAGCACCGUGCACGUCCUCGACCUUGCGCAGACCGACGCCACUCUGAAAGGGUUCAGCAGUGGGUUUACCGAUGGCGCGUGGGGUUACAUGGUGCCGUGGUACCCUGCCACCACCGCUGGCCAGAUCCCCAUUGAUUCUGGCAAAGUGGCUCGGUUCAGCUUGGCAGAUUUCAGCACGGUGCAGGUGCUCGACUUAGAGGCGAUCGACCCGAGCCUUGAGGGUUUCUACAAGGGGUUCUUCGCUGGCGGUUGGGGGUAUUGCUCAAAUCCAUAA